UAUCUCGUGUAUAAGGAGCGCUUCUCUGUCUUCUCGGGCAUUUUUUUUUCUAAACUGUCAUCAACUUCUGGAAAGGCUGUGGUCUCUCGUUCGAGUACCGAGGUUUGUACCUGUGUAUAAGGAACUGGAUACUGAGACUAGCACGACGCUACGAGGUUCGGAACGGGCAUCAAUACUGUACAUACAUCAGCUGUACAUCGCGCAAUAUGACUUUAGAUUCUCGCUCAACUUCGAUUCCAUGUCUAGAGACGGGGCAGCGGCAGAGGGCUCGCAACAGAAAGCGAUUGCGAGCCCUGGCUAGGGGAUCUAGGGAGAAGGGGAGCUGGAAGAAAAACGUGAAGGUGAACGCGAGGGUGAAAGCGAAGGUGAAAGCGAAGGUGAAAGCGAAGGUGAACGCGAAAGUGAACGCGAAGGUGAACGCAAAGGUGAACACGAUGGUGAACGCGAGGGUGAACGCGAGGGUGAACGCGAAAAGCAAGCGAGAGGAGGAGAGAGGGGGGGAGAGAGGGGAGAGAGAGGGGGCGAGAGAGGAGAUGAGAGAGGAGAUGAGUACCAAAACAGUCAAUGUGGAAGAAGACGAGAGUCAGCAUAGAUGGGCUGAUAGUCAGGAAAGUGUUGUGCACGAUGAUACUGUUUGCGGUUAUAGUAAAAACCCUGCGGAUCCCAACAGGUAUGAUCCGGGAAAUUGGAACGGACUCUUUGAGGGUUAAUUUGGAAUUUGACGGUAUUGAGUCAAUGGGCUUGAUACUCGGUCAGUGACGCUCACUUUGCACUGGGUGGUGAGCGAGGGGUUCUUUGAGCGCGUUCAAUUGUUGUUCGACGCGUCUGGGGAAGUGUCUUUUUAUUGGUUGAUCGCG